GAAUAUCUCUAAGAAGAUUUGAAUAGAUUGCAAUGGAAAGCAAUUUUGGGAGCUUUCAAGGUAGUCAGGAAUCGGAACAUGAUUCAGACUCAGACGCAGAGUCAGUGUGCAGUGAUUCAGCCAGUCACCUGCCACAACUGGUGGCAGAGCCUUCGUUCAAGGUCUUUGUGAGAAAAAUUCCUCUCUCGGUCACCAAAGACGACAUGGAGAGCCACCUCAGGAGUUUGGGGCUCUCAGACCACGUCAGAAAUAUAACCUUAUACCAUGAUAAAAGUAAGAAACCAAAGGGGUGUGGGUACAUUGAAUUUUCCCCACCUGAUGUUGGUAGAAAUGCAAUUUCCGCUUUGAAUAGUAGCCUUCUAAAAGGGAUGCAUAAAAUUGAGGCUCGUGAAUAUAGAGAGGAAACCAAAAAGCCCUCUCCAAGAAAGGAAAAGCUUUCUCCGUCACCCUCUGAUGGUGAAUCUUGUAGUGUACAUGUUUCCGCUCACGAAGGAAGGUUACCAAGUAGCAUUGAAGACUCCCACCUAAGAGCACAUUUUUGGGAGUUUGAAUCUUGCCUAGACAAGGCAUACAUCACGAGAGACCGAAUUACAAAGCAGACAAAAGGUUAUGCAUUUGUCGUUUUCAAAUCAAAGCAAGUAGCUGAAUCUGUUGUAGAGAGGCUCAAUUGUAGUACACUGCAUGGUUGCAAACUAAAACUAAGCCUGGCAACCAAAAAGCACAAGGGUACACCAUCUCCACAAAAGUGUUUAGCCUCCCAAGCUUGCUUGCCCCAUGCGGUAAGUGUGACGCAGCCCAUUACUCCACUACUGCCUCAGUGCAUUCCACCACCUGAGCAUUCAACCACAAUAUUAUGCUUGUCAAACCUCAGCCCUGAACUAGACAGGGAGAGUAUAGUCACAUUAUGUGAAGGUGGAGUGACCGAUUUCAAGGUUGUGCAUGCUGACUCCAAGACUAAAACAGUCAACGUCACGUUUUCUUCAUAUGCCUCUUCAAAAAAGACACUAGAUAAGCUCAAUGGAAAGGUCUUCCUUCGUCACACAGUGUGUGCUAGUUUCGUUCAGCCUCUUCCCAUGCCUCAACAACCCAAGAGCCCUAGAGCAGCUAUGAAUCUGAUUUAUCCUGUUAAAGUUACUCAGUUGCCUGCAACGGUAAGUGAAGAACAUCUCAGCAAGAUUUUUAGCCAGGCUGGAAGAAUAGUAACCUCCAAAGUAUUUCAAACGGCCAAUCGCUAUGCUCUCAUUAAUUACAGCUGUGAAUCUGAAGCAGAUAAAGCUGUGAGCAUGUUUCACGGAAAGCCAAUUAUAGAUGGAAGAAUUAUCAACGUAUCAAAAAGGGAACCUUCCACAAUGAAUGUGCACCCACCUUCCACUGAACCACAGCUUCAGGCUGUGACAGUUCAGGUCUCAAAUCUGAAUCCUAAUAUGCAAGUCCAUGAGCAUUGGAAGUGUUUGACCGAAACGUUCAGUGCAUACAAGAGUGCAACAGUCAAAGACGUGUGUCCACCUACGGCACAUGUUGAGUUUAGUGAUGCCACAGAAGCUAAUUCCGCGGUAGAAUGUUUAAACAAGUCUGUGGUUGGUGGUUCCCUCGUAUCAGUCCAACUGAAUCCAGCAGAAAGCUACAUGUAUCCAGUCAAGGUAACACAGUUGGCAGCAAGUUUAGAUGAGUCGAGCAUUCGUCACAUUUUCAGUGAAGCGGGAGAAAUUAUAGAAUGCAAAGUUUUCUCUACGACCAAUCGGUACGCCCUCGUCAAUUUCAAAAGUGAGCCCGAAGCUGAAAAUGCUGUAAGGAUGUUUCAUCAAAAGGUGAUUGACGGAAUGGCUGUCAAUGUUUCAAAGAGGUCACCUAGACCUAGAAACACAGAGGCACAGCCCUCGCCACCACAGGCUGUGACAGUCGAAGUGUCAAACCUAAACCCCAAGAUGCAAAUCCAUGAACAUUGGAAGUGUCUAACAGAUCUUUUCAGUGCAUACAAAAGUGCU